AUGUCGAACGUCCUCGUUACGGGUAGUUCCCGUGGCCUCGGGCUGGAGCUGGUGAGGCAGCUGGCUUCCGGCGAAUGCCAAGGGGGUAUAGUGAUUGCUGCGGCUCGAAAAUGUAGCCCGGAGUUGCCCGACUUGAUCUCGCACUCCCACGGCUCUAUCGUGUUCGUGCCUUUGGAUAUCACCGACGAGAAGGCGAUCACACAAUCAGUGAUAGCUGUCCAAUCCGCCCUGAAAGAGAAGAGUCUAGAUAUCCUGAUCAACUGUGCUGGUGUACACAGUGAGACUCAGGGGAAGCUAGUUCACAUGUAUGAUUUCCUUACUGUCGCCUCCCUGUCAGAAACUCAACCUCAUCAGUCCAACAGGUCAGACCUCGACUAUCACUUGUCGUACCUUCCUUUCAUGCGCGGCAGCAAGCUGAAGAAGAUUGCCAAUAUUUCAAGCGCAUAUGGGUCCUUAACGAAUGCAUCGGGCGUCGCCUACGCACCUUGCCCGGCGUAUAAGAUAAGCAAAGCGGCUUUGAAUGCCUUGACCGUCCAAUACGCACUAUCUUAUAAGGAUGAUGACUUUAUUUUUCUUUCCGUGAACCCUGGGUGGCUUCAGAGUGACAUGGGCGGUAUGAAUGCGGACCUCACUCUCCCACAAGGUGCAGAGGCGGUUCUUAACGUUAUUCUGGGUGCCGACCGGAUGGACAAUGGCCAUUUCAAGAAUAUUCACGUACCAGGGUGGGAGGCUUACAAUGGUGAAGACGUACCUUGGUAA